AUGGACCCAACACUAUAUCCGCAAAUCACUCUCUUUCUGGAGACCAAACGAUCAUAUCCGAAGGUGAAGUGUUCGAGUUGGGUUUCUUCAAAGCAGAUUUGGUCCACGAAAGUCACCACCACCACAACUUUGAAAUCUGCAAUAGCUGUUCUUCGUGAUGAUGGCAACUUAGUCUUGAGAGAUGGUUCAAAUUCGGUCGAAUCUGCUUGGCAAAGCUUUGAUCACCCAACUCAUACUUGGUUGCCUGGUGCUAAACUUGCUUAUGAUAAUAGAACCAAAAAGAGCCAACUUCUUACAUCAUGGAGAAGCAAAGAAGAUCCUGCUGUAGGACUCUUCUCUUUCGAGCUUCAUCCGUUUAAUAACCAGUAUGUAAGCAAGUGGAAUAGCUCCCAGCAAUAUUGGACAAGUGGGGCUUGGAAUGGGAAAAUGUUUGACUUAGUUCCUGAAAUGAGAUUUGUAAUAGAUGUUUCUGGUCAAGUUCAGCAACUAACAUGGUUGGAAACUACCAAAGAGUGGAAUUUAUUUUGGUCUCAACCAAGAACGCAGUGUGAGGUCUAUGCUUCGUGUGGGGCUUUUGGGAUUUGCAGCCAAUCUGGAUUACCUUUCUGUAAUUGCUUGACUGGCUUCAACCCUAGAUCAGAGAGUGAUUGGAUUCAGAGUGAUUUCUCAGGUGGGUGUGUGAGAAAAACCGAUUUACAGUGUCGGAGAAACGUGGAAAAGCUUGAUUUUCUCAUGAUUGCAGUCAAGAAUCUGCCUCCAAAUCAAUCUGUGGAAAGUGGGAGCGCGGGAGAAUGUCGUACCACAUGUUCGAACAAUUGCUCAUGUAAUGCUUACUCUUUCGUGGAUAAUCAAUGUUCAAUUUGGGAUGGAGACCUCUUGAAUCUCUCAUUAGACGAUUAUAGCAGGAAAACAAUUUACAUCAAAGUUGCUUCUAAAGAUCUUAAUCAUCCUAAAAAGAGUAAUCUGGUUAUGGUGGGUGCUAUUGUUGGGUUCGUGGGAGGUGUUGUUUUUGCCCUGGGUCUAAUUUUGGUUUUAAUCUAUAGAAAAACGAGGAUAUCGGUGGGAAAGACAACAAUGGAGGGAUCGUUGGUGGUGUUUGACUACAAAGAUUUACAAACGGCUACAAAAAAUUUCUCAGAUAUAUUAGGAGGAGGUGGUUUUGGUUGCGUUUUCAAGGGCGUAUUGUGUGAUUCAUCGAUUGUAGCAGUGAAAAAGCUUGAAAGCAUCAGCCAAGGAGAGAAACAGUUCAGGAGCGAAGUCAGCACAAUUGGUAUCAUUCAACAUGUUCAUCUUGUUCGUCUUCGUGGGUUCUGUGCAGAAGGUAACAAUAAGUUAUUGGUGUAUGAUUACAUGGAAAACAGCUCUUUAGACACCCGUCUCUUCCAUGGAAAACAUCUUCUAAACUGGGAAACGAGGUAUCAGAUUGCACUUGGAACUGCAAGAGGGUUGGUUUAUCUUCAUGAGAAAUGCAGAGACUGUAUCAUUCACUGUGACAUAAAGCCUGAAAACAUUCUUUUAGAUGCUGAAUUCUGUCCAAAAAUUUCAGAUUUUGGUCUUGCAAAGCUUGUUGGUCGAGACUUUGGUAACGUUUUAACGACUAUAAGAGGGACACGGGGAUAUCUGGCACCAGAAUGGUUAUCGGGGGUGGCUGUAACAUCUAAAGCAGAUGUUUUUAGCUAUGGAAUGAUGCUUUUUGAAUUAGUAUAUGGUAAGCGAAAUGCAGAGCAAUCUGAAGAUUCAAGGAGUCUAUUCUUCCCUUGUUUGGUUGCGAAUGUUCUUAUGGUGGGAGGUGAUAUCCUUAGCUUGUUAGACAGUAGGUUAAAGAGGGAAGCUAGUGUUGAAGAAGUCAUAAAAAUUUGCAAAGUUGCGUGUUGGUGUAUUCAAGAUGAGGAAGACAGUAGGCCUUCGAUGAGUUUGGUGGAACGGAUUCUUGAAGGGGUUUUGGAUGUGAACAUGCCUCCGAUCCCCAGAUCUGUCUCUUUAUUUUCUUUGGUAUGUUUACAAUGA